AUGAAUGAAGAUUCUCCACAUGAUCUUGAUAAACAUGCAUCAGGUAACCUUUUAGAUAAAAUUCAAGAAUUUGAAUUUAUCUUUGUGUUGCAUUUGAUGUUCAAGAUGUUGCUUCUAAAUGAAUUGAACAAAGCUUUACAAAAGAAAGAUCAAGAUAUCGUUAAUGCUAUGGGAUUGCUUAAUCUUUCAAAGAGAAGAUUACAAACAAUGAGAGAGAGUUGUUUGGAGUCUUUGAUGGAUGAGGUUUAUUCAUUUUGUGGUAAACAUGAUAUUUUGAUUCUCGAAAUGACUGAAGACUAUCCAAGACUGAAGCGUAAGAAGCCCGAAGUUUCAUAUUUACAUCACUUUCGUGUGGAAGUGUUUUAUGCAGUUAUUGAUUUGCAACUUCAGGAGCUCAAUAAUCGUUUUGAUGUUGUGACUAGUGACUUACUCCUUGGUAUGGCUAGUUUGAAUCCGAUUGAUUCAUUUGUUAAUUUUAGUAAGAGAAGAAUAAUGAAGUUGGCCGAAUAUUACAAAAGUGAGUUUGGUGAUAAUUAA